AUGGUUAUAAGUGUCAUUUGUGAAGUGAUAGCAGGAAAACCACUUAACUGGGCACUGCAGUCUGCAAACAUCGCAUCAGCAAAUAACGCAGCACCAUCUGGAGAUAAAAUUGCUCUGCUAUUUGGUGGAGAAUGUACGGUGACGAUAAAAGAAAGCGGUAAGGGUGGUCGUAAUCAGCAAAUUGUUCUUGCUGUAUUUUCGAAACUGCUUGAGCAAUAUGGUUUCGAGCAACAAAAAGUGGAGUUUGCAUUGAUGAGUGCUGGUACCGAUGGUCAAGAUGGACCAACAGAUGCAGCUGGAGCUGUACUGACUAGCAGUGAUAUGCAAUAUAUUUAUGAAGCGUGGUCGAAAUGGAAUAAAACAGUGAUUGAUAGAUAUUUGAAUAAUAAUGAUUCUUAUAAUUUCUGGAAGAAAUUCAAUAAAGGCAGAUCGCACAUUAUUGUUGGGCCUUCCGGAACAAAUGUUAUGGAUGUUCAAGUAUUGUAA